CAUCGAAUUUCUAUAUUGCACGAUUCACAUUGAUCCGAUCUAUCGUCUAUCUAUUUUAUCACAUCAAUUCCAUUCAUCUUGCAGAGAAGAGUUGCAAUAGUUAGCGUAACAAAGCAAACGAUGGCAGGCUUCAGCGGCGACGAAACCGCUCCUUUCUUCGGCUUCCUGGGUGCCGCUGCGGCUCUCGUCUUCUCGUGUAUGGGAGCAGCGUAUGGAACAGCGAAGAGUGGGGUGGGAGUGGCAUCGAUGGGUGUGAUGAGGCCAGAGCUAGUGAUGAAGUCGAUUGUGCCAGUGGUUAUGGCUGGUGUGUUGGGUAUUUAUGGGUUGAUUAUAGCGGUUAUCAUUAGUACUGGAAUAAACCCAAAGGCUAAGUCUUACUAUCUCUUUGAUGGCUAUGCUCACUUGUCUUCUGGCCUUGCUUGUGGCCUCGCUGGUCUCUCUGCUGGAAUGGCCAUUGGAAUUGUUGGUGAUGCUGGUGUCAGGUGUAAAGGAUGUGAAGGGCAAUGUUAAACUGCUUUGGUUUUUGCCAUAACUCCAAGGCCAAUGCCCAGCAGCCGAAGCUGUUUGUUGGUAUGAUUCUUAUCUUGAUUUUUGCUGAAGCUCUUGCUCUCUAUGGCCUCAUUGUGGGUAUCAUUCUCUCAUCCCGGGCAGGCCAAUCUCGUGCAGAUUAAAACAAAGUCAAUUCAGUGAUAGCUGGUAACAAGUAAAUUUUAAUAUCAGGCUUGUAUUUGAAAUGGGAGAUAUUUGACUUUAGUAUAUUACUAUUAUUGCUAUUAUUUAAUUUAUUUUCGUACACAAACAUGUAUCCG